AUGGUCAACUUUACCGUUGAUGAGGUCCGUGCCCUCAUGGACUACCCCGAACAGAUCCGCAACAUGUCUGUGAUUGCGCACGUGGACCACGGUAAGUCGACGCUUUCUGACUCUCUUGUUGGGGCCGCCGGUAUUAUCAAGAUGGAGGACGCUGGCGACAAGCGCAUCAUGGACACCCGUGCCGACGAGAUUGCGCGUGGUAUCACGAUCAAGUCAACCGCCAUUUCUAUGCACUACCACGUGCCGCCGGAGAUGAUCAGCGAUCUCGCCGACGACAAGCGUGACUUUUUGAUCAACCUGAUCGACUCUCCCGGACACGUGGACUUCAGCUCCGAGGUGACGGCCGCGCUUCGCGUGACCGACGGUGCCCUCGUUGUUGUUGACUGCGUGGAAGGUGUAUGUGUGCAGACCGAGACAGUGCUGCGGCAGGCAUUGACGGAACGUAUUCGCCCUGUUGUGUUCAUCAAUAAGGUGGACCGCGCCAUCCUUGAGCUGCAGCUCGACCCGGAGGAGGCGUACCAGGGCUUCGUAAAGACGCUUCAGAACGUGAAUGUUGUGAUUUCUACCUACAACGACCCUGUGAUGGGCGACGUGCAGGUGUACCCCGAGAAGGGCACUGUCGCGAUCGGCUCUGGCCUGCAGGCGUGGGCCUUCUCUGUCACGCGCUUCGCCAGAAUGUAUGCAGCGAAGUUUGGUGUCGACGAGGCGAAGAUGUGCGAGCGUCUGUGGGGCGACAACUUCUUUGACGCGAAGAACAAGAAGUGGAUCAAGAGUGAGACAAACGCCGCUGGGGAGCGCGUGCGCCGCGCCUUCUGCCAGUUUUGCCUUGACCCCAUCUACCAGAUCUUUGACGCCGUGAUGACGGAGAAGCAGGAGAAGGUGGAAAAGAUGCUGAAGUCGCUGAACAUCAACCUGACGGUGGAUGAGCGCGAGCAGGUGCCUAAGAAACUUCUGAAGUCGAUCAUGAUGAAGUUCCUGCCCGCUGCGGAGACGCUGCUGCAGAUGAUUGUUGCCCACCUGCCCUCGCCCAAGAAGGCGCAGCAAUAUCGCGCGGAGAUGCUGUACUCUGGGGAAGCUAGCGCGGACGACAAGUACUACGUUGGCAUCAGGAACUGUGACCCUGCGGCGCCGCUGAUGCUGUAUAUCAGCAAGAUGGUGCCGACGGCGGAUCGCGGCCGCUUCUUUGCGUUCGGUCGCAUCUUUGCUGGUAAGGUGCGCAGUGGGCAGAAGGUACGUAUCAUGGGCAACAACUACAUCUUUGGCAAGAAGCAAGACUUGUACGAGGACAAGCCGGUGCAGCGCACGGUACUGAUGAUGGGCCGCUACCAGGAGGCAGUGGAGGACAUGCCGUGUGGCAACGUUGUUGGCCUGGUGGGCGUUGAUAAGUACAUUGUGAAGUCCGCCACCAUCACGGACGACGGUGAGAGCCCUCACCCGCUGCGUGACAUGAAGUACUCCGUGUCGCCCGUUGUGCGCGUUGCGGUGGAGGCGAAGAACCCAUCCGAUCUGCCGAAGCUUGUGGAGGGUCUUAAGCGUCUUGCGAAGUCGGACCCUCUCGUCGUGUGUACAAUUGAGGAGAGUGGUGAGCACAUCGUCGCUGGUGCCGGCGAGCUGCACCUGGAGAUCUGCCUCAAGGAUCUGCAGGAGGACUUCAUGAACGGCGCCCCGCUGAAGGUGUCGGAGCCUGUUGUGUCCUUCCGUGAAACAGUGACGGACGUGUCGUCGAUCCAGUGUCUUUCCAAGUCCGCGAACAAGCACAACCGUUUGUUCUGCCGCGGUGCCCCACUGACGGAGGAGCUGUGCGUUGAGAUGCAGGAUGGUUUGAACGCAGGCUCGGAGGCGGACCCAAAGACGCGUGCCCGCUUUCUUGCAGACAAGUUUGGCUGGGACGUGGCGGAGGCACGCAAGAUCUGGUGCUAUGGCCCUGAUAACCGCGGCCCCAACGUUGUUGUGGACGUGACGAAGGGUGUACAGAACAUGUCGGAGAUGAAGGACUCGUUUGUUGCGGCGUGGCAGUGGGCGACACGCGAGGGCGUGUUGUGCGACGAGAACAUGCGUGGUGUGCGCAUCAACGUGGAGGACGUGACGAUGCACGCAGACGCCAUCCAUCGUGGUGGUGGCCAAAUCAUCCCUACUGCCCGCCGCGUGUUCUAUGCGUGCUGCCUGACUGCCUCACCCCGCCUAAUGGAACCGAUGUUUCAGGUCGAUAUCCAGACGGUGGAGCACGCGAUGGGCGGCAUCUACGGUGUGCUGACGCGCCGCCGCGGUGUCAUCAUUGGCGAGGAAAACCGCCCCGGCACACCUAUUUACAACGUCAGGGCGUACCUCCCUGUUGCGGAGUCGUUCGGCUUUACCGCUGACCUCCGUGCCGGGACGGGCGGCCAAGCGUUCCCGCAGUGUGUGUUCGACCACUGGCAGCAGUACCCGGGCGACCCGCUGGAGCCGAAGUCGCAGGCCAACACCCUGACGCUCAACGUGCGCCAGCGCAAGGGUCUGAAGCCGGAUAUUCCGCCGCUGGACACCUUCCUCGACAAGCUAUAG